UAUUUCUUGGUUGGAUGUAAGUUUGAACGGACAGAGAGAGAGAGAGAGAAGAAAAAAAGUGAUAAGUGGUCUGCGCCUAAAGUUGUCUGGAUCAGCAUUCCAAGUGACUUGUUAGAGGACUUCAUAGGAUUGUUGCCUGCUCAGGAUUUUUAAGGGGCUGUAGUGACACACCCCGAGAUACACCAAGAUGAGGACAUUUGUUUUUCUGGCUGUUUUGACAGUGGCUUGGGGAGCAUCCAUUCGGAUGCAAUGGGAUGAAUGGGAGACGGACCUGAGCGAGACUGGACCAACUAUACCAACUACACCAAUAGAGACCACAAGACCCAAUGUAUGCACAGGCUACAGUAGAGAUGGCAGUCAAAUCCAGGUUUGCUGUGACGGCUACACUGGCACCAUUGAAGAAGGCUGCACAACACCCAUUUGUAAUACACCAUGUGAGAACGGUGGAACGUGUGGAAAACCAAACACCUGUGAAUGCCUGGAUGCUUUCACUGGAACCUACUGUGAGAGUUUGAAAAAGAACUACAGGUGGAGUGAGUGGAAGAACUACAACCCCAAGACUAAUAUCGGUGACUCUGAGGAUGUGUACAUACUCCGUCGUGAUUUGGACGUGUGUAAGUCCAGCGUACCCCAGGCCAUCGAGUGCCAGACAUUGGCCGGUAUCGAUAGCUCCCGUAGUGGUCAGGUGGUGACAUGUGACCGCCGUGUGGGUCUUCGCUGUAAGAAUGAGGACCAGCCUCUUGAUGAACAGUGUGAGGACUACCGGAUUAGACUUCUCUGUCCAGUCAAAGAUGAAGAAACUAAGGGUGCCUUUACUUGCAUGCACAAGGCAAAGGAAUACGACCCUGAGGAGAUUGUGAAGCAAGGUGAUUGUGUCGCUUGUAUCUGCCAAACUACUGGCCUCUGGUCUUGCUAUAGUGAUGAAGACUAUUGUGACACUGCAAUUUCCACCACCCCAUCACCAGUUUUCCCUUGGCUUCCAAAAGGUGUUCAACCUGGUCAGUGCAUCGUCGGCGAGACGGUCUUCCAUCACGGAGAAAGGACAACUCUCGACUGCAAGACUUGUACUUGCGACAGCACCAACGGAUGGAUCUGCACUGAGACAAGUGACCCAACUUGUCUGGCUUCACGCUCUGAUGACUACUGCAGAAUUGGCCAGCACUUCAUCUUCUUCCAUGGGCAAACAGCAAAGAAGGAUUGCAAUACCUGUAUCUGUAAGAACAGAGAAUGGGACUGCACCCAGACCAUCUGCCCAGACAAGACCAACAGGGCACCGUACUACCAUCAGUGUACCAACCCCAUCGCCAACACCCGCCAUUACGACGGAGAAAUCCUAAAGAGAGACUGUAACAUCUGCGUAUGCACACGAGGCAAGUGGGACUGCACCACCGACACAUGUGAAACUGGGACAUCGACUGAGGAUGAAACUACACUGGCAACGAGGAAAGUGUGCAACACCCAGGAUGGUCUUCCUUAUCCCCAUGGAGCCACUAUUACACAGGACUGUAAUGCAUGCAAGUGUUUUGACGGGAAAUGGCAGUGUACUCGUCGGUACUGCUCUCCAGAGAUCUACCCAAUGUCCGUGUGUGUAGAUGUAGUCACUGGUUCCCUGCUCAAGAGUGGACAGACCAUCAAACGCGGCUGUAACAUCUGCCUGUGCAACAGCGGGAAUUUGACAUGCACCACCAAGCCCUGCACCACCAACACUGGUGUAUGCUUUGAUGAGCAGCGUCGUUUCACAACUACCUCCUCUGUGUUUGAGAGACAGUAUCGUCCUGUCUGCAACAAUGACGGCACCUUCAGACAAGUCCAGUGUAAUCCACUCCACGGAGUUUGCUUCUGUGUUACUAGACUUGGCCAGAUUAUCCCAGGCACCACUGUCAAGCAACAAAUCAGCACGCCAAACUGCUCACCCUACAUGGCCGAUGUGUUUGAGGAAUAUCGCCACUUCAUCCUUCCUGAACCAGAGACGCAGAUGGAUUCCCACCCCUGCAUCACAUCAACCAGCGACCAAAGCUCCCAUCUAACUGGGUACAACACCCCUAAGUGUCUCCUUACUGGGUACUAUGCACCCAGGCAAUGCGACGUCCACAUUGGGAUCUGCUACUGUGUUACCCCAGAGGGCAAGACUAUCCCUGGUACCAUCAUGCAUGUCUCUCAAGGACGUCCCAACUGUGAGGAGUUUAGAGUUGACAGACCUGGUCAAAUGACCUCCACAGAUCAACUGACAAGAUGCCAGGACGAGAGAGAGAAGAACGAGCUGUUCAGACUUCCCUUCAAGCCAACCUGCGAGGACGACGGAACUUAUCGACCCCUCCAGGUCAAUCCACUCACCAAUAUCCGUUUCUGCGUCGAUGUUUAUGGCGUCAUCCUGGAAUGGACCAUCACCAAGACCACAACACUCGACUGCCAGGACUUUAGAACAUACGUUCAUCAUGAAGUUAAGCCUUUUACUGCCCAGGUUGACCACGAUCAAAACGCACACCGCAAUUUUGAUACCUUCCCCAUCAAGAACCUGAUCCACAAGACCCCUCGUUGUCAUCUCCAGCAGCUGAUCUCUGAGCAUGUCCCCACCGUCUACCGACCAACCUGCGAGACCGAUGGUCGCUUCACCCCGGAGCAGUGCCCUGAGGGGACCAGCCGCUGCUUCUGUGUUGAUGUGACCGGGACGAUCGUACCAGAGACCAUCAAGCGUCGGGGAGUCCAGACACCAGACUGCGAGACUUACAGGAGUCUGUAUGCCGUUGUGACCAAGACUAACACCACCACCAUUACCAUCAAACCUACUGUGUCAUUAAUCCAUAAUGGCUGGGACCCACUGCUCAUCAAUGACGUCCAGCCAGACAAUGUCGUCGGCAAACAGUACAAACCAGUCACAUGGACCCUGCAAAUCAAAAAAGACGUCACAACCUGCAUUCGCCAGCAGCAAAUCGCAAAGGUGGUUCCGGGUGUGUUCAACCCUGCCUGCCAGCGCAAUGGCACCUUCAACACCAUGCAGUACAGACCUCUGAGCCAGACUGUCUACUGUGUGGACAAGAAUGGUGUCGAGAUCGAAGGAACCGAAGGGACCAUGGAUUGUACCAAGUACUGGAACACUACCCUUGAGUUUACGCAGAUCACCAGACAUUGGUCCAAGAUCUCUGAGACCAGCUCCACCAAGACGAUUACACAACUUCCUCUCAAUAGUCUCUUCCCAGCUGGACUGCACCACCACCCCAACUGCACCAAGCAACAGGAGCUGACUAGCCGCAUCAAGGGAGCCGUCGUGCCAACCUGUGAACCAAGCGGCACCUACACACCACUGCAGUGCAAUGCGACCACUGGCGUGUGCUACUGCAUGCUGUCCUACGGAGACGUUCUGCCCGAUACUGUACUCCCCAUGGUGAAGGGAACACCUUACUGCUGGCACUUGAGAAACGAAUCCCUUCUGCGUGUGACAACUCAACUUGCAGACGUUUGUAGGAAGCCGACAGUGAUGGGACCUUGCAGGGGUCGCUUUGUCCGUUGGACCUUCAGCACCCUCCUCAACAAGUGCACCAUGUUUGUUUAUGGUGGAUGCCGCGGCAACGAGAACCAGUACGAGUCUCAGGAGGAAUGCGAGAGCAUGUGCGGCCAUUUGAGUUUCCGUUUGGACAGUCGACCUUUGACCUGCGAGCGUAAACUCACCCAGUACCACCGCCUCAGUUUUAUUGAGCGUCUUGACAACAGACGACCAGUGUGCACCCCCGACGGUAACUACAAACCCAAACAGUGCCACUGGAUCCAGAACGCCGAGGGUAAUAUCGAAGAGGUCUGCGAGUGCGUCGAGCGAAUGUCCGGCGCCAUCCUGCCAAACUGUGACCAUCUUACCAUUGAUGAAGAUCUCAUUAUGGUGAAGACUUCUCCAAGUCCUUCCACCGUUAUUGAUGGCUGCAUCAAUCGGGAUGUGGAGUACCACAGAGGAGAUCAAUUCUUUGAGGACUGCAACUCAUGCACAUGCAUUGGAAAUAACAUCGCUGCAUGCACAAAAAAGCUCUGCCUUCCAGGUUACUGUUACCACUUGGGUCAGGAAGUUACUGAGUACAACCGGGGCUGUGAGAUCUGCUCAUGUCUUGGAGGUCAGUGGGACUGCCAGCUGAAGCCAAACUGCGACACUGAGCUGGUCUCUGAGCAAGAGACUGUAUCUGAAUGUACCUUGGAACCCGGCAAAACCAUGAGAGUGGGAGAAUCCUACUAUGAAGAAUGCAACCAGUGUACCUGUGAACCUACCGGCAUUGUGAUCUGUCAGAACAACUACUGCAUCCCAGGCCACUGCUAUUACGAGGGGACUCCGUACCAUUCUGAAGACACCAUCAAACAAGAAUGCAACAGAUGCACCUGCUUCGGUGGAGUUUGGCAGUGCGAGACCUACACAUGUGAUCCAUACAUUAAGACAAUGGCCCGCAUUGAGGGAUGUGUAUACAAUACCAGGGAAUACACAAAUGGACAGACCUUCUAUGAUGAAUGCAAUAUGUGUUCCUGUCUUGGAAACAAUGCUACAAACUGCUUCAAGAAACUUUGCAAUCCAUCAAGCUGCUUCUUGAAUGGAUUGGAGAUCCCCAACGGUGAAUCUUCACAAGUUGAAUGCAACACAUGCACAUGCUUCCAUGGACUCCUUGAGUGUACCGACGAUGAAUGUCUGACUGCUGUAGCCGUGCAGCCCAAAGUUGAUGUGAUUCUUGACACUUCAAUUAAGUGUUAUGUUGAUGAUCAGACCUACACCAAUGGGCAGGAGUUCUGGAAAGACUGCAACCAAUGUCGCUGCUACGACGACGGACAAGCAAGAUGCGAAGAGAAAUACUGCACUCCAGACCUUUGUUUCAAGGAAGGCAUCGGCUACAGAAGCGGCAAGAUCCUACUUUCUGAAACACACAAAUGUACUUGCUUCCGAGGUGGAGUCUGGGAAUGUGAAGACAAAACAGAAGAGACUGGACCACCAGACAUGAUUGAUUGCCCGUUGACCAACCCACCUAUCUACUGUACCAAAAACCCGUGUGAUUCCAAAGUCUGUCCCAACCACCCGGACGCAAUCUGUGUGCCUAAUUACUGCGGAUUCUGCAUGCCGAGAUUCUACGACGUCCAUGGAAACCAUGUGACAUGCUAGAACCUUGUGAGGAUGGAGCCAACAACUGGGAAUCCAGCCAAGGACUUCAAAGUCAUCCUUGAGGGAAGACUAACUGGUACACAGUAAUUGUAUUUAAUUAAGAAAGUAAAAAAAAACAUCAACAAUUUGUAAACUAAUGAUAUUUUACAGCCAGUGACAUGACCGGAUAAUCUCAAUAAAUAUCAAUAAUAUUUGCUUUAAUGUUAUCUCUUUAAGCAUUACAUUUUUUCUUCUUUGUUUAUACGGUGUGAUUAUUUUCUGUUUUUGUAGAUUUUCAUUGGUGUUAGAGUGUAUAUGGCUUCUCGGAAUAACUGUAGCAAUUUAGAAAAGUUAAGUGUGACUUAGUUCAGUUAAUUAUUUAAAUAGGAAUAGCACAACAGAUUUCUUGGCUAAAGUAAUUCCUUACUUGGUGAUGGAAGGCUCUAUUAUGUAACAUUCUCAAAUUUAUUAUUAAUGAACCCUAACAUUUUGUUUGUAUUUUUCUCCAAUAUUAAUGAUAAUACUUUAUUAAGGAAUAUCACAAUACAUACAGAAAAUACACAUGUAAAAUACAUUUAGUAUAAAAACACAUUCAGUAUACUCCAUAAUACUCUGAACCUUAAACUGUUUUUGUAAAGUUAGGGCAGGAAGUAACAACUCCAAAGAUUCUGAAAAACUUGUUGUUAAAGACGAUGUUUUUUACAGUGACUAAAAACUUUGAAAGGUGUACUCCAACUAAUAAUCAUCUCCCCUUCCCGAAAAAAUGGAAACAACAUCCACAAACUUUGUUUGUAGUUGAAUACCUUGUUUUAAACUAAGAAUGGACAUAUUCCCACCAUGUAUUUCUAUUGUUACAACUUAAUCAUAUUUCCACCAAAUCAGUAUUAUGUAAACUACAUCGAGGUCAUGUCCUGGCAAAUUUGAAUAAAAUUGCAUAUGCAUAACAAAAUUAUA